AUGUUGCAAACUCGCUUCGAGCGUCGAGGCAAUGACAAAGAUUUGGAUCAGGCCAUUGCACUUCAGAUAGAAGCGCUGGCCUUGCGCCCGGUCGGCCACACAGAUCGGUCCGGGUCAUUAAGUAAUCUCGCCACUCAGCUCUCUUUCCGCUUCCACCACCGAGGCAAUGAUGAAGAUUUGGAUCAGGCUAUCGCACUUCAGACGGAAGCGCUGGCCUUGCGCCCAGUCGGCCACACAUGUCGGUUUGAGUCAUUAAGUAAUCUCGCCACUCAGCUCUCCUUCUGCUUCCACCACCGAGGUAAUGACGAAGACUUGGAUCAGGCUAUCGCACUUCAGACGGAAGCGCUGGCCUUGUGCCCGGUCGGUCACACAGGUCGGUCCAAGUUAUUAAAUAACCUCGCGAAUAAACUAUCCUCCUGCUUUGACCACCGAGGCAACGACGAAGACUUGGAUCAGGCUAUCGCACUUCACAAGGAAGCACUGACCUUGCGCUCGGUCGGUCACAUAGAUUGGUCCAAGUCAUUAAAUAACCUCGCCAAUCAACUCUCCUCCCGCUUUGACCACCGAGGUAACAACGAAGAUUUGGAUCAGUCUAUCGCACUUUACAGGGAUGCUCUGGCCUUGUGCCCAGUCGGUCAUACAGAUCGGUCCAUGUCAUUAAAUAACCUUGCGACUCAACUCUCCUCUCGCUUCGACCACCGAGGCAACGGCAAAGACUUGGAUCAGGCUAUCGCACUUCAGACGGAAGCACUGGCCUUACGCCCGGUCGGCCACACAGGUCGGUCCAUGUCAUUAAAUAACCUCGCGCUUCGACUCUCCUCCCGCUUUGACCACCGAGGCAACGACGAAGACUUAGAUCAAGCCAUCGCACUUUACAAGGAAGCGCUGGCCUUGUGCCCGGUCGGUCACACAGAUCGGUCCGCGUCAUUAUGUAACCUCGCGACUCAACUCUCCUCCCGCUUCGACCACCGAGGCAACGGCGAAGACUUAGAUCGGGCUAUCGCACUUCACAGGGAAGCGCUGGCCUUGCGCCCGGUCGGUCACACAGAUCGGUCCGCGUCAUUAUGUAACCUCGCGACUCAACUCUCCUCCCGCUUCGACCACCGAGGCAACAGCGAAGACUUAGAUCGGGCUAUCGCACUUCACAGGGAAGCGCUGGCCUUGCGCCCGGUCGGUCACACAGAUCGGUCCAUGUCAUUAAAUAACCUCGCGAAUCAACUCUCCUCCCGCUUUAACCACCGAGGCAACGACGAAGACUUGGAUCAGGCUAUCACACUUCACAGGGAAGCGCUGGCCUUGCGCCCAGUUGGUCACACAAAUCGGUCCAUGUCAUUAAAUAACCUCGCGAAUCAGCUCUCCUUCCGCUUCCACCACCGAGGCAACAAUGAAGACUUAGAUCAGGCUAUCGCACUUUACAGGGACGCACUGGUCUUGCGCCCGGUCGGUCACACAGAUCGGUCCAUGUCGUUAAAUAACCUCGCGCUUCGACUCUCCUCCCGCUUUGAGCACCGAGGCAAUGACGAAGACUUGGAUCAGGCUAUCGCACUUCAGACGGAAGCGCUGGCCUUGUGCCCGGUCGGUCACACAGGUCGGUUCAAGUCAUUAAGUAACCUCGCGACUCAACUCUCCUCCCGCUUUGAUCACCGAGGCAAUGAUGAAGACUUGGAUCAGGCUAUCGCACUUUACAGGGACGCGCUGGCCUUGUGCCCGGUUGGUCACACAGAUCGGUCCAUGUUAUUAAAUAACCUUGCGAAUCAACUCUCCUCCCGCUUUGAGCAUCGAGGCAACGACGAAGACUUGGAUCGGGCUAUCGCACUUCACAGGGAAGCGCUGGCAUUGCGUCCAGUCGGUCACACAGAUCGGUCCAUGUCAUUAGAUAACCUCGCGUCUCAACUCUCUUCCCGCUUUGAGCACCGAGGCGACGAUGAAGAUUUGGAUCAGGCUAUCCCACUUUACAGGGAAGCGCUGGCCUUGCGCCCGGUCGGUCACACAGGUCGGUCCGUGUCCUUAAAUAACCUCACGCUUCGGCUCUCCUCCCGCUUUGAUCACCGAGGCAACGACGAAGAUUUGAAUCAGGCUGUUGCGCUUCAGAGGGAAGCAUUGGCCUUAUCAAACGUUGUCUCUGGAGGCUUGCUAUCCCGCCUGCGAGCAAGUCUACUUUGGGUUCGUCGUGCUGAUCAACACAGGCAUGGUACUCAACUGAAGGCUUAUGCGACUUCCAUGCAACUUCUGGAUGCUUACAUGUCUAAGACGGCUUCUGUAUCGUCUCGUCACAAUAUCAUGAAGGACUUCCCAAGUACACUUGCCGUUGAUGCUGCGUUGUGUGCUCUUGGUAGUGGCGAUGUGUGUCGCGCUGUUGAAUUGUUGGAACAAGGCAGGACCAUCAUCUGGACCCAGAUGACACGACUCCGUACCCCUCUUGAGAGCCUCCAUACUCACGGCGACCAUGCAGUAGCCCUAAUGAAGAGGUUCAGAGACCUCAGCACCCUCCUCGAUAAACCUCCUGCGAACUAUUCAGAAGGGACUCCAAUAGUCAAUGUGGAAGCAGAAGAAACUCGGUAUAGACGUCUAGUAGAGGACUGGAAUAGAGUUGUAGAAGAGAUCCGGAAGAUUGAGGGUUUCUCUCGCUUCCUCCUUCCCCCAUUAUUCUCUGAGCUUCAAGAUGCAGCUCGUGAUGGGCCUAUCAUCGUGCUUAUCGCAAGCCAGUUGUCCUGCCACGCCAUCAUCAUCCCGCACAAGCAACCCCCAGCUAACAUUCAACUCCCUACCGAUUUGCUGAAACUCGCCAAAUUGGUGCUCGCACUCCAGCAGGCAGUUCGAAAAGAGGCCGAUGCUAAUGGGAAGCAAACAGCGCUGACAAAAGCUUUGAGAGAGUUGUGGGAUGUCGUCGUCUGUCCAGUGGUCGAGAAUCUGGAUGUAUUUGCACGACGAGGUUCCCGAAUAUGGUGGUGCCCGACGUCUCUAUUCAAUUUCUUGCUGUUGCAUGCUGCUGGCGAGUAUAGGGCAAAGGGAAAGUCCGUCUCGCAGCGGUAUAUCUCUUCAUACACGCCCUCGCUCACCGCGCUGAUCAAGGCUCGCGGAAGUCAUAAUAAGUCCCCGUCGGUGCCCUUCGUUGCUAUCGGUCAGGAUUGCCCAGCUGGUGCUUUAUUCACUUUGGAUGCUGUCGAGCCUGAGCUGGAAUUGGUGCGAAGACUUUUGCCCCCUCCCCCAACUGUUUCUUUCUCCAAGAUAACCAGUACUGAUGCCACGAAAUCGAGAGCACUGCGCGCAUUGCGAGAUAAUACUUGGCUCCAUCUCGCGUGUCAUGGGACACAGCAAAUUGACGAACCCUUCAAGUCGGCCUUUCUCAUGCGCGACCAGCGGCUUUUGCUCCUCGAUAUCACAAAGAUGGAUCUGUCCCGGCAUGAAUUUGCAUUUCUUUCUGCCUGUGAAACCGCGGUCGGUGUCGUUAGUACGCCCGAUGAAGUGAUACACCUAGCAGCCGGCCUGCAAUUUGCUGGGGUCAACAGCGUCGUGGGGACAUUGUGGAAGGUCACUGAUAGUACCGUGCAACGCUUAGUAGAAGCAUUCUACAAAAACUUUUGUGGGGAUGGCCCAAUGAACUCCAAACGAGCUGCCUGGGCCCUGCACCGAGCGGUCCAGUCGUUGGCUUGCGACACGGACAAUACAAUGCCUUUGGACCAGCGCAUAGUGUUCGUGCAUAUUGGCAUAUGA